GCAUUGUUUCCCUUGCCUUCCCUGAAAAGGGAGAACUUAACAAAAAAAAAAGGGCUGUAUGGACUCAGAAUCCUUUGCCCGUCCCAACAGGGACAAAUUAACCAAAAAAAAAAAGCUGUUCGGCAUAGGUUAGGUUAGUGUUAUUUUUUCUGAAUAAACGAUUAUCGUGAAUGAAUUAGCUUUGAAAUUGUGCAAAACAUACGUGAAUGGAAGAUAUUUUAAGGAAUACCUGUUGUUAUUACAAUGUGCCACGUCGAAAUGUUUGAUAAGCUUGAAAUCAAUUUUAAAUAACAGUAAUACACAAACAACAACAGUUAAACUAAUAUUGUUAAUCAUGAGUUCAAGAGGAUUAACUAAGAAGGAGCUUGAAGAGUUGCGGAAAAAGGAAGAAGAAGAAGCAGCAGCUCAUGUAUUCAAAGAGUUUGUUGAGACUUUUCAAGAAGUCCCUAGUACUACCUCGAAAGUUUGGGUGAAAGCUGGCACAUAUGAUGCUGGAGCUCGAAAAGAGGACACGUCGGAACGUGGCAAGUUGUACAAGCCGACUUCCCGGUUGGACGAGAAGCGCGGCGUGAGCGAGGCGGACAUCGUGCGCAGCCUGGUGGCGCCGCGCCCGGAACCGCCCCGCGUGCGCGCCAAGCAACGCUCCGGGGACAAGAAAAAGAGCAACUUGGAACUGUUUAAAGAAGAACUCAGACAGAUCCAAGAGGAGCGAUCCGAGCGCCACAAGUAUAAAAAUGUUUUACGCGAGAGAGGCGCUUUGGGCGUGGAACCUGCUCUGGAUACUAUACCAGAUGUGGGAUCCUACGACACCGGGGACCCCAACACUACCAACCUGUACCUCGGAAACCUCAACCCUAAGAUAACGGAGCAGCAGCUCAUGGAGAUAUUCGGUCGGUACGGGCCUCUAGCCAGCAUCAAGAUAAUGUGGCCGCGCUCGGACGAGGAGAAGGCGCGCGGCCGGAACUGCGGUUUCGUCGCCUUCAUGUCGCGCAAAGACGGCGAGAGGGCGCUGCGGUGCAUCAACGGCAAGGAGAUAAUGAGCUACGAGAUGAAGUUAGGUUGGGGCAAGGCGGUGGUGAUCCCGCCCGUGCCCAUCUACAUCCCGCCCGCCCUACAGCACCCUUGCAAGCCGCCCCCGCCCUCCGGCCUGCCCUUCAACGCGCAACCGCCCAAACACCUCAUCAACAAGAUACCUCGUGUUCGCAUCGGCGACUACUACCCUAAUGAUCCUGAUGAUCGCAAAGCAUACGAACAGAUAUUGUCGCAGUCUAUAGUGAAAGUUGUGGUGCCCACUGAAAGAAACGUGUUAAUGCUAAUCCACCGCAUGGUGGAGUUCGUGAUCCGCGAGGGCCCUAUGUUCGAAGCUAUAAUCAUGAACAAGGAGAUGAGCAACCCCUUCUUCCGGUUCCUGUUUGAGAACCAGUCGCCCGCGCACGUAUACUACCGCUGGAAGCUAUUCUCCCUGCUGCAGGGGGAUUCCCCCAAGCAGUGGGCGCUAGACGACUUCCGGAUGUUCAAGGGUGGAUCAGUAUGGCGUCCGCCAGUAAUGAACCUGUAUACUGCGGGCAUGCCCGACGAAUUAGUGGAGGAGGAUGACGCCAAGGAGAACAUACGAGGAACACUCUCCAACAACCAGCGGGAUCGCCUGGAAGAAUUGAUCCGCGGUCUGACCGGGUCUCGGGACAGCGUAGGCGCAGCGAUGGCGUGGUGUUUAGAGCACGCAGAAGCUGCGGGCGAAGUGGCCGCCUGCAUCGCCGAGUCGUUGGCUGGCGAAAACACCGCGCCGCACAAACGCAUAGCCCGCCUCUACCUGCUGUCGGACAUUCUGCACAACGCCGGCGCUAAACUUACCAAUGCCAGCGCCUUCAGAGCUGCGUUCCAACAGCGCCUAGUGGAGAUAAUGCGUCACAGUCACAGCGCUUGGGCGGCACUCAGCACGCGCGUACAAAGGGAAGGGUUCCGCGCGCGAGUCACGCGCAUACUGCAGGCGUGGGCCGACUGGGCCGUUUACCCUACCGAAUUCCUCAUGCACAUCAACGACGUGUUCCUGGGGAUGGACAAGGAAACGACGGGCGAUGUCGGGACCGGGGUGGGUGAGGGCGGGCCCGGCCCUGACGAGGUCGGGGCGGGGUCGGAGGGCGGGUCCUCCCCGGGCUCCAGUUCCUCAGCCGAGUGGGCGGGAGCGCUAGAUGGCGCUGCUUUACGGCGCCUCGCUGCCUCCCGGCGGCAACAACCUAACCCUGAGCCGGAUAUCGACGGCGUACCGGUGGACGAGGACAUCGACGGUGUUCCCCUGGAGAUCUCGGGCGGGGUUCAGUCCCCGGUGGCAGGGACAGGGUCGGGGGCGGGGCUGGGUGGCGCGUUCAUCCCGUCGCGGUGGGAGAGCGUGGAGCCAUCAGCCGAGCCCCCCGCCGGCCCCGACCCCGCCCCGCCCCCGCCUUCACCGCCGCCCGCACCCGCUGCACCCACCCCGCCGCCGCCCAAUGACAGUACGAUAUCCGGCGAAGAGCAGUUGUUAUCUAGAGAAACUUUGCGGGAAAUCGAAGUGCGCGUACUGAAGUACGCGGACGAACUGGAGGCCGGAGCCCGAGCGAAGCGGCCCGGGCUGCAGCCGCACCAGCAGAUACACCACUACCGCAGGAAACUCAUCAAGAAGGCGGCAAAGGAGGCUCGCGCGGCACGAGAAGCAGAACAGGCACGUCAAUCCCCCUCCCCGCGCCGCCGGUCCCCGCCCGAAGACGACGCGUACUCAAUAUCAUCCAAAAAGUCGAAGAAAUCCCGAGAGCCCUCGUUAUCUCCACCACCGAAGCGUUCAAGGCAUCCGGAAAGGAAGUCGCGUUCAAGAUCAAGGUCUCGCGACAGAGAGAGAGAACGAGAGCGAUCACGCGAGCGCGAGCGAGAGCGAGAUAGGGAGAGGGAGAGAGAGCGCGAGCGUGAGAGGGAGAGGGAGAGGGAGCGCGAGAGAGAGCGGGACAGGCGACGACGAUCGCCUGCCACGCCCCCCGGCCAUCAUCACAGGAAGCACGCGAAACACGCUAAAUACAAAUACUGACUUUACAGCUUUAAGUGUAAAUAAAACGUAUGAUACAGUAC